GCAUUCGCAUUUCCAAAAUGGCGAGUCUUGUUAUGUUGAGGAACUGUGCAAGGGUUUCUCCGUUCCUACGGUCCGGAUUAAUCCGAUCAUCGUGUGUUCUUAUCAAAAGUCUUCCUGCUGCAACAUCUUCUAAUCAAAAAUCAGAAGAAUUUGUUGCUAAAAAUAAAGCUCUAAAGCGUCCAAUGUCGCCCCAUUUGUUAAUAUACAAGUGGGAGUUUCAUGCGAUGCUGUCUGGUUCUCACAGACUGACUGGAUUUCUGAUGACCAUUGCUACAACAACAUUUGCUUUAUGUGCACUGGGUCUGCCUGAAAACCUAGAGCAUUAUGUGAACAUUGUCAAGUCCUUUGAGUUACCAAGACCUUUCAUCUUCACAUGCAAAGCCUUAUUAGCUUUUCCAGUGACUUAUCAUGGUAUCAAUGGUAUCAGGCACUUGUGCUGGGACAUGGGCAAAGGAUUUGAAUGGUCUACACUUAUCAAAACAGGAUCUGUUGUUGCUGUUUCUGCUGUGGCAUCUGCCAUUGCCUUGGCAUAUUACUUUUAGACCACAAAAAGACUUGAAAACAUGGUAGCACAAACCAUUGAUACAAUCUUGAGAUCAUAAGCACAGAUUUGUGUGUAGGCAAUCUUUAUUUAUAGUUAUAACAUCUAUAACAUUUUUGAGAUUUCUAAUCUGAAUUGACAACUUUUUAAAUAUAGGUUUAAACCCAAACCUACUCCAUAGCAUAUUUCAUUGUCGAAAAAAUAUAUGAUAUAUUAUGAUAGUUAUUCUAGAAAACCCAGGUUUAAUUCUAUGCUGUCGUGAUUUAAUUUGCUAUUUUACCUUGUAUGGACUGGCAUGUUUCUUUGAAACUCCUGAUUCCAAAAAGUACAGUAAAUAAAUAACUUAUAUUUGAUAAGUAUUUGUGUUUAUAAUGACUUUAAUUGCGUAAGUUGUGCAAUGGGAUGGACAUGGAAAAGUGAAAUAUUUGGUGUUCAUGAUAUUGAAUUGAAUAAAAAGAGAUUUAUUCA